AUGUCGACAAAUUCAAUGUUCGGAAGUCAGGCAAUAUAUAGUGAUUCUGAUAAUGAAUCAUAUUACGAAGAAGAAAAUGCGAGAACAAAUGAUGAUAGUGAAGAGUUUAUCAGUAAAGAGUUGCAAAAGAAGAUGCAAAAUGAAGAUGGCAACUCAGAUCGUGUUGUUUCUAGUGACAUGGAAAGCUUGAAUAAUGAUAGCGAUGCAUCUAAUGAAGAUUUCAAAUUUCCAAAGCAUAAUCCCAAGACCGAUGAUGCUAAUCCUAAUUUAGCAUUAGGACAAAUAUUUCAAAACAAAAAAGAGUUUAAGGAAGCUGUUACUACGCAUGAGAUUAAAAGUGGAAGGACGGUCGAGUUGAUAAAGGAUGACUCAGUAACAACAAGGGGAGCAUGUAAGCAUCAUCCCUCUUGUAAGUGGGUAAUUCUAGCUUCAAAAAUACAUAGGGACAUGAAUUUUCAGAUAAAGACUUACAUCUCCGAGCAUACAUGUUUUUGUUGGAAUGUCAAGAAUAAGAGUGUCAAUUCCAGUUGGAUUGCAAAGAAAUAUGUCGAUAGAAUCAAAUCUAACAGAGAAUGGAAAACAUCAAAAUUCAGAGAGGAAGUCAGUAGAGAACUGGGAGUAGAUGUAUCCUUAUGUCAGGCAAGAAAAGCUAAAAAGAAGGUCAUUUCUCUGAUUGAUGGUAAUUUUAAUGACCGGUUUAGCAUGUUGUGGAAUUAUAUUAAUGAGAUCGUGCGAUCCAAUCUCGGAAUAUCAAUUUACAUGAAGUUGACACCAAAUGAGACCCUGAACAAACCGUCUAGAUUUCAAAGAUUAUACAUUUGUUUUGCAGCAUGUAAAGAUGACUUUAGGGUAGGUUGUAGAAAGAUAGUUGGUGUUGAUGGUUGUUGGCUGAAAGAUUCUAUGUAUGGUGCACAAUUGCAUGCUGCUGUUGGUUUAGAUGGCAAUAACAAUAUCUUUCCUAUAGACUAUGCCAUUGUGGAAAAAGAGUGCAAGGAUACAUGGCAGUGGUUUUUGAACUAUUUGGCGAUUGAUAUUGAAAUAGAAGAGCAAUAUCUAUGGACAUUCAUGUCAGAGAAGCAAAAAGGCCUUCUUCAAGCUUUUGCGGAAGUGUUACCGGACGUUUCUCACAGAUUUUGUGUCCGAUACUUGCACAAUAAUUUUAAAGCGGAAGGAUUCCCUGGUCAAGCAUUAAAAAAGGCUUUUUGGAAAGCAGCUAGAGCAACAACUGUGGAAGCGUUUAAUAUGCAAAUGUGUUAUACCCUACAACUCUGA